AUGUAUCAACAAAAAUCUCCAAGGAAUUAUGCAAAAACAGCCUGUAAUAGUUGUGUGAAGUCGAGGAGAAAAUGUGAAGCCGAUUCUUCACAUCAACCGUGUAAAAGAUGUUUGGAGAAACAUUUAGAAUGUAUCUAUUCUCCGUCUGCAAAAAAGCGUGGACCAAAACCAAAGCGAAACACUCUUGGAACUAUUACACACUUGCACGAAGAAGAAUUUAAUCCAGAGGUGUCAGAAAUAAAUAAAACAGCCAUUUUCGAAAGUGAUAUUGUAUAUGGACUUCAAGAAAUUAAGCCGGCAUUAUCAGACAGAUGUGCAAAUUGCUAUGAGCAAAAAAAAGCGUGCGAGCAUAGUGGAAUACCAGGAAAGUUCAGAUGUGAGAGAUGCCGAAAGAGAAAAACUAUGUGUUUAAUCCAAUGCAUAGAAUGUUAUAAAAAAAAUAAAGACAAAAAAGAAACAACACCUCGAUGUAAUAAUUGUAAAGUAAUUAUGGAAGAUCCGCCCCUUGAUUAUAAUUUUAUUCGAGAAAAUGACAAAAUAUACCUGAAAUUUAGUAAUAAUGCAAAAAUCGAAAUUACUCAAGAAAAAUUUAGAGAUCUAUUAAAAUUGCAAAAGCCUGGAUCCCUUGACGAUCCUAAUAACCAAUUACAAUCGUCCAUCACUGAUUCUGAAUACUCUUUAUCUAAUAAUUUGAUUACCGAGCCACUUUCUUGGUUGGACCCUAAUUAUUCUCUUCAACCCUAUUCAUUUCAAUCUUUUGUUACUGAUCCUCUACCCCAACACUUUGGAUUUAAUUACGAUACAUUUUUCGAUAUCUAA